AUGGAUCUACCUAUGAAAUCAAUUAGUUGCUCGAAGCAUUCACGAGGAUAUAUUGAUAAAAAUGGAAAUACAUUAUCAUUUAAACGUGGAACUAUAAAUUUACGUGAUUCGAGGCGAGUGAGAGCACGUUCAUCGCGUCCAAUGAAUUUUAGUGUUAUUAAAUUCAACGAAAAACAAAAUACACGUAAUGAGAUUCUCAAUCAAAAAAUCAAAUCAUUUGAUGAUAAAUUUAAUGGCGAUGAAAAUUUUGCUAAAAAUUUUUUCAAGAAAUCGUUUUCGCGCAAAUUUGAAAAUAUCAUCAAACAAAAUCGUCGUAAAAAAGUUUCGUCAGAUUUUCACUCGUUCAAUCAAACUAUUUCUUCAAGUAUGAAUGAGAGAAACAGUGAAUUUGAUUCAGCUUCGUCAGUCUUCGGGAAGUCCUUGGUGCAUUCUUUAAGGCAUAAAACUAAACUUCCCAUCGAGAACAAUAAUAAUGGUAAAACGUUACCUUUGCAAGUAACAAAUAAAGAUACUUGGUAUAUUCCUUUACGAAAAGAGGAACGUAUAUCGGAGCAGUUCUAUUCUCAUAAUGUCGUCUGUUUUUGUUUUGAAUGUUCACCUAAUCGACAUGAAAAUAAUGUAUGA